CAAUCUAAGAAGAUUUGCAGAUUCUUAUAUUGAUAUUCUGGAUUUUUACACAGAUGUAAAAGAGUUUUUAAUUGAAUUGGCAACUGUUAAAGCAAGUACAAUAAAAUGUCUUGGUUUAGUAUGGUCUAGACAAAAAAAAAUUCAAACAUUGUAUUCAAAAGAACUUGGUCUUGUAUUUGCCACUUCUUUGAAAUCAAAUUUUACAGAUAAUGAUAAAACAUUGGUAUUGGAUGAAGAAACUUUGCUUUCUAUCUUCAACAGAUUAAAGAACAGAUUACAAAAUACAAAAUAUAUUGCAAUUCAUAUAGCAAGUUUAGAAAGUUUCAAAAAAGUUAUUGAGAAAAUUAAAGGAUCAAGAAUUGAAGAGUCAGAAUUAGGAGUUGAGGGAAGAGGAUUAAGAAUUGAAGAAUCGGGAUCAAGAAUUGAAGAACUGGGAUCAAGAAUCAAAAAAUCGGGAUUAAGGAUCAAAGAAUCAGAAUCAAGAAGUGGAGAAUUGGGAUCAAGAAGUAAGAAUCAGGAUCAAGAAGUGAAGAAAUGGGAUCAAGAGUUGCAAGAAUAA